AUGUUUGUCACCAAUCCUGACCUCUCAGAAAUUAAGCAAUUUGAUAAACAGUGGUUAAAGAAAACAGAAACACAAGAGAAAAAUCCACUGCCUUCAAAAGAAACAAUUGAACAGGAGAAGCAAGCGGGUGAAUCGUAAUGAAAUCUGCCCUUCCAAAUUAUACAU